UGACGCGACGACGCGUCGAAUGUCAGACGCACGCUUCAAGAUAUAUCGCUGACAAAUAAGGAUUUAACUUCAGAAUUAAAAAUAAAUAAGUGGUAUAGUCGUAAAAACUUUCAUUUUGGUGUUCUAAGAGUUGUCUCAAAAGUACAUAAGUUACUCCAGGAUCGACUUGUCAGUACAUGAAUCAUAGAACAGCGAUUCAAAUACAGUCGAGCCUGUCAGCAAACGACACCAGGGCUGCUGGAACUGGCCCGCACUCUGCGCAACAGGGAUGUGCACCGCCUGCGCAUUGGUUGCAUUGAAGCAACCCACACGCGCCUCGGCGAACAUACCUGAAGCACUGCAGCAUCAGGGCAGUCCCAUCGACAUCCUGAAUGCAUUAUAUUGUACACGUACGGCGCUAUACUGUUUUUGAUGAAGUUGGCGCCAAAAUGAAACUGUCGCUGGUCGUACUCGGCUUGUGCCUGGCGGUCUCGGCCGAAGUGUCCCCGAUCUGGGAGGACUAUCACCUGGAAGCCGGCAUCCCCGAGGCGGCGCGCAUCAAGGCGGCCGAGGAGUCCAUGGACUUCGACGGCGCGAGGAUCAUCGGCGGCACCCACUCUACCGUCGGACAGCAUCCUCACUUGGGUGGCUUGGUGAUCCAACUGUCAGGUAACAGACAGUCGGUCUGCGGCUCGUCUCUCAUUUCCCAUACCCGGAUCGUGACGGCGGCGCACUGCUGGCGGCACGGCACCACCCAGGCGACCCAGUUCACCGUAGUGCUGGGCUCGGUACGGCUGUUCACCGGCGGCCAGCGCAUCGUCACCAGAAACAUCCACGUGCACGCGCAGUACAACAUGAACAACCUCAACAACGACAUCGCCGUCUGCAACAUCAACCGCGUCAACUUAGUCAAUGGCGUCAACACCAUCAACCUCGCUUCCGGCAACAACAACUUCGCCGGCACCUGGGUGACCGCCUCCGGCUUCGGCAGGACCAGCGACAACGCCAACAUCGGCCAGAACCAAGUCCUCAGCCACGUGAGCAUGCAGGUCAUCACCAACCAGGCGUGCGCCAACGUGUACGGCAACAGCGUGGUCAUCGCGUCCGUCAUCUGCACCGGCACCAACGGCGGCCGCCAGAGCGUCUGCCACGGCGACUCCGGCGGCCCGCUGGACGUCGGCAGCGGCGCCGGCCGGCAGCUGAUUGGAGUGACGUCAUUCGUGCACCGCGCCGGCUGCCAGAGCGGGAACCCCUCAGGCUUCAUGAGGGUGACCUCCUUCAACGCUUGGAUCCGGCAGCGAAUGUGAACACCUCAACCGCCUACCUGACGGUCGCUUAAACGUUUUCAGGAACCGAACGAUAAUCUCUGUACUUAUGAACGUGGCUUUCUCUAUGGAUUGAUAAUAUCUGACAAACGAGUAAACUCCAGCAGAAUUAAUGGAUCGUAAUAUUAUGAAAUAGAUAUCUGAGAAGAGGACGACAGACUCAAAGACAUCUAAAUGUUCCGCCUAAUUUUGCAGGUGUUAAAGCUUUUACUCAUAAUUAUAUUUAUUUAUUUUUCA